GCAAUAGCAGCAGUGAAGACAUGGGUGGGGGUUUGUAUGGCAAAAAUGUAUAGGCAAGAAACAGCUGGUGCGGGGUAUGAGUCAAAAACCCAUCGGGUGAGACUCAUUGCGUGCAGUAUUUUGUGCCCACGACCUCUCCGCACUGUAGAGUCCUUCGGCUUGUCGUAAUGCUACGAAGAGCUUUCAGUGCAUGUUCUUCGGCGACACCCCGUACAGCGACAGGAACUCUACCCUAUCUGUCCCUCGGCAUAGUGCCAUACGGAAAAGCGCUCGCUUUACAGCGACACCUUGUAAAAAGGCGCCAUGAUCUCAACCAUGAAAGCCACGAUCCAGCCGAUCCUACCAUUCGGGAUGUUUUACUCUUGGUUCAGCACCCGCCGACAUUCACUGCUGGUCGGCGCAUCAAGGGUAGAUCUGAAUUAGAGGAAGAAGCACGUCUCAACGGCCUAGGUGCCGAAUACUUUGAAACUCUUCGAGGCGGGCAAAUAACCUUUCAUGGCCCGGGACAACUCGUUGGGUAUCCCAUUCUAGAUAUCCGAGAUUACCAGCUCAAUGUUAGGUGCUAUGUAUCAUAUCUUGAAAAGGCCGUCAUUGAAACAUGUAGGAGAUAUGGAGUUAAAGCCAAGACAACCGAGAAUACCGGGGUAUGGGUGGAUGACAACCAUAAGAUUGCGGCGCUAGUUGCAGCGGUACGUUAGUAGUCACGGUCUUGCCAUAAACUGCGACGUGGAUCUCUCUUGGUUUAAGGAAAUUGUACCUUGCGGACUUGCAACAAAGGAAACAACCUCAUUAUCGGAGCAGCUCAACCGAAAGGUCACAGUAGAAGACG